GCCAAGGCGGGGCGAGAGAAGAGAGGCAGGAGCAGACGCAAUAGCACGGGCCACGCUUCUCUCUCUCGACUGGACUUGGAGAGAAUCUGUGCGUCGUCGUUACGUGCUCGGCCCCGUCGGUGGAUGCGGCUCUCUUGUUCCUGAAAGGAAGAAACGGUGGAGGCAGCAAAGAUGCCGCAACCCAAGUCGCGUAAAAUCGCCAUCCUCGGCUAUCGCUCCGUGGGAAAAUCUUCAUUGACCAUUCAGUUUGUUGAAGGCCAAUUUGUUGACUCGUAUGACCCAACUAUAGAAAAUACAUUCACCAAACAAAUUUCUGUGAAUGGACAAGAAUAUCAGCUUCAGUUAGUAGAUACUGCUGGACAGGAUGAGUUUUCCAUAAUUCCUCAAACGUACUCCAUAGAUAUCAAUGGAUAUAUUCUUGUGUAUUCAGUCACAUCAAUUAAAAGUUUUGAAGUGAUUAAAGUUAUCCAUGAGAAGUUGUUGGAUAUGGUGGGAAAAGUUCAAGUACCCAUUAUGUUGGUUGGAAACAAAAAAGACUUGCAUAUGGAAAGGGUGAUAAGCUAUGAAGAAGGAAAAUCAUUGGCUGAGUCGUGGAAUGCUGCUUUUUUGGAAUCCACUGCUAAAGAAAAUCAGACCACAGUUGAUGUUUUUAAAAGGAUAAUUUUGGAGGCAGAAAAAAUUGAUGGCGGGUCUUCACAAGGGAAGUCGUCAUGUUCUGUAAUGUAAUUCCACUACACAAGACGCGGACACUGGGAAUUUAUUCUACUUGAAUAAGCAAACUGCCUGUUCUACUUCAAAACUAUGCUUUUCUGUUAACUAUUUCCAUGCCAGAGGAGCCAGUACCUGUACUUUCCUCCUCUGACAAGCAAACGUUUAACAAUGGUAAAGUUUGGAUGGUCAUUUUUUUUUUUUUUUUUUAAUGGUUUUUCUUCAGAUUACGUCAUAAUCUGGCUUUGCGCAGAUGAUUUCACUGCCACCUUCAAAAUGUCUCGAUCGCAAACAUCUUCGAUUUGUAUAUCCUAUUUCUUAAUAUUAAGGCCUAGACUUUAUACUGGCAUUAAUUUUUCAUUGUAGUUUGUUUAUAAUAUUGUUAUCAUACAGACGAUGCAUAUUGUUACAUCACUCUUACUUAACCAGGCUUGAAUGUCGGUGUUUCUUUCGUUGUUCAAUGUAAACUUGUAAAUAAAACAGCUGCAGACCUUA